CGCUCUUCUGGGAGGAUACUGUUUCACUGUUGGUUGAAACUAUACCUAUUUCCGCGAAAAAGGCGUGUUUGGGUUCUGUCUUGGGUUAUAUAAGUAAGGAAAUCGCGAUAGAAUAACAAAUCUGAAGACUAUUAUUAAGGCACUUCAACUUAAACUGGGAUGGACCGAACACAUAACUUCCUAUACAUUGCGGGGCUUUGCUUGGCAUUUUCGUGUUCCUUAUCAUAUUCGGAUGAUGUGGAUGUCGAUAUCUCCACGACACGAUACGACUGCAUGACCACCACAUUUCCACGGAAAAUAUCACACUGCUUUUCUCCAGGAGAGGACGAAGCAAAGAUAACGGCAGAUCAUUUUCCAGAGCAAACAGUGUGCUUAUCUGAAGAGAACAACUCGUUUUACAUUUGUUCUGGAGGAGAGUGGCUGGAAUCGGAGUUUGUACAGGAAGGUGCUCCAGGAAGGCACAAGAGGGGAUUUUUUAAGAAACUUUUCAGAAAAGUUAAAAAGGUAGCACGUUUCCCCCACGACCAGAUUAGAUCGCGGCUACCCUUCUUCAGACGUCGUAGACCCUUUCCUAAAAUAUUCAAUAGCCCACCUUCGAUAACUUGUCCUCCGAUUCCCAGCACUAUUAUUGCUGAGUCCGGGGCGUCCGAAGCCACAGUCAGAUGGGGCGGCCCUAAAGUUACCGACAAAGAAAACAGGAUCGAAUCUACACGUUUAACAAGUGGCAAGGGUCCAGGCAGUAGGUUCGGUGCCGGGCGCCAUACAGUCAGCUACAAAACGACUGAUCAUCUAGGCGCUACUGCCUCAUGUGCGGUGUCAUUCACUGUUAAAGUAAUUCGCUGCCCCCAGCUACCCAGUAUAGCGAAUGGGAAUAUUCACUGUUCAGGGUCGGUUGGUAGAGUGUAUGGCAGCACAUGUACCCACCGUUGUAACUCCGGGUACUCGCUGACGGGGGCAGGGACUCUCACGUGCCAGAAAAGUGGCGCUUAUACUCCAAACCGUCCAACAUGCCAAAAAAUCCAGUGUGGUAGGCCUGCUCUGCCAGUCCAUGGAACGCAUGUCCGCUGUACAGAUGGCAACAGAUACCAGAGUGCAUGUACACUCUUCUGCCACACGGGGUAUUCUCCCAGCAGGGGUGCUAACGCCAUAUGUUCGGCCAACAAGAAGUGGAGUCAAAGUGCCUGGAUAUGUGAAGACACUGUCAAGCCGGUUUUCACAAACUGCCCAACUAAGAAAAUCAACACCAUUGACGAAAGAUUCCGCUGGACACCCCUGAAGGCAACGGACAAUUCAGGAAAGGUGGUCGUGAAACAGGUUCAAGGUGGACCACCAGGAUUUUUGUUGACCGUUGGUGUUCACAUCUUGAAGUAUGUUGCUUCUGAUGAUGCAGGCAACACGGCUUCUUGUGUGUUUACAGUGGAGCUCAAACAGACUGACUGCCCAAAACCCUCGGUUGGCGACCCGGAUAUGAAGUUCACGUGUAAUGGUUUAACAGUUCAGUCUGUUUGCCAGCUGUCGUGUCGCUCCGGUUCCUUUGUUCAAGGCAGUAGCUACAUUUCAUGUGUUCAUCCUGACAAUACGUCCUACUGGGAACCUAUCGACGGAGAUAACCCAAAGUGCUUUAAGAAGAGCUGUCCACAACUACCUGCGCCCAAGAACGGAGCACUAGCAUGUGACAAGCAGCUAGAUGGGACUGUGUGCCAACUCCAAUGUAAUGACGGCUUUGACGUGAAGCAAGGGGAGGGCACAGGGGUAACCUUUGUCUGUGGGCUGAACUCUGACCAGUGGAAACCAAGUAGCGUUGUGCCAGACUGCUCGGAUCUGGCGUAUCCCGAUGAAUACCUUCUACCCACCGAACUCUUCUACUUCUGGGGCAAUUGUGAUGCCCCGGAGACACUGCAGCAGAUCAAGCAACAGUUCCUGUUCAAUUUGAACUCCCUGGGUAUAUCACCCUGUGCACGAGAAACAUGUUCAGUGGAUGACAUCGAUGUCACCUGUGGCGAGGAAUCAGACAUAGACGGCUAUCUGGACUUUAGGCGGAAACGACGAGCCGUGGCGAGACCAAAGCAGCUUGUUCAUAUAAAGAUGACUUUCCGGCUGAAGAACACAAACAAGACGAUGUCACCAGAGGCGGCCAAACUCUUGCUACAAAGUCUUGUCGAGAAAUCCAAGAAUAUGAUGUCAACAAACACCGCAAUGAGGAAAAUGUAUAUGAAAGCGAAUCACAUCACUACACCGGCCCCAAGGCCAAAGUCCAACUUUGCAAUUCGUCCUAUGAGCAAGAGUUUUGGUGUGAAAACGUCGUUAACUAAAAGUUUUGCUCACCAAGAUGCAAUGCCUUCUUUUGAACUUCUCCCAUCUCGACCUCCCCCGACGCCGACUCCCAUUAUACCACAGCUCAAGGCACGUGCAGUAACAGGAAGUAUGACCAUGGAGUGUUCCGGGGGUCAUGUCCAAAUGGACGCCAAGUCCGGCAUCUGUGUGCCCUGCUCGGUGGGGACGUACGAAGAUAAAAUGAAGGGGAAAUGCGUGCCAUGCCCAUUCAACACCUAUCAGAACAGUCUGGGUGCGACCUCUUGCCAUCUCUGCCCACAGCUACAUACAACCGCCUCUACUGGAUCUACAGCCAAAGAGGACUGUAUCGCAUUGUGUUCCUCGGAUACAUUUUCCACGACUGGAUACCACCCCUGCUACCCAUGCCCCCCGGGAACCUAUCAGACGAACACUGGCGCCACGACAUGCAAUCCAUGUCUCAAGGCCGCGAGUGAAAGGCCAAACUGUGUCCUUAAGCAGGACGUUGGCAAUAACACCGCUAUUCCUGAUUAUCUUAGAGUGUCCGAGUUCUUGCUGACCUGUGACAAUGAAUUGUGUCUGUCUUUCUAAGAACUGGAAUUGUCAGGGGGAAAGCAUGUCAUGAUCAUAAUGCCACAUUCGCAUCAUGGAAUAUGCCAAUCAUUCCAAUGUAUUGUUCUUUAUAACUUGGAUGGUGUGUAAUAAAAGUGACAACAAACAAUUAAAUAAA